AGUUCUUUGCCCUGUCUCGGACCCCUCCUGUUUCCGGUGCCGUCACGGGGCAGAGCAGUCGGUGACAGUACCGAGGGCCCCCGCCCCGCGCCCAUGGCUGAGCCGGAUCCCUCUGACCCUGUGGAGACCCAGGCAGGGAAGGUGCAGGAGGCUCAGGACUCAGAUUCAGACACUGAGGGAGGAGCGGCUGGCGGAGAAGGAGAGAUGGACUUCCUGCGGAAUUUCUUCUCCCAGACACUGGGCCUGGGCACCCAGAAGGAGCGUCUGCUGGACGAAUUAACCCUGGAAGGGGUGACCCGCUACAUGCAGAGUGAGCGCUGUCGCAGGGUUAUCUGUUUGGUGGGAGCUGGAAUCUCCACUUCGGCGGGCAUCCCUGACUUCCGCUCCCCAAACACGGGCCUCUACGCCAACCUGGAGAAAUACCAUCUUCCCUACCCGGAGGCCAUCUUUGAGAUUGGCUACUUCAAGAAACACCCAGAGCCCUUCUUUGCCCUCGCCAAGGAACUCUAUCCUGGGCAGUUCAAGCCCACCGUCUGCCACUACUUCAUCCGCCUGCUGAAGGAGAAAGGGCUGCUCCUGCGCUGCUACACGCAGAACAUAGACACCCUGGAGCGAGUGGCGGGGCUGGAGGCCGAGGACCUGGUGGAGGCCCACGGCACCUUCUACACGUCUCACUGCAUCAGCCCCGUCUGCCGGCAGGAGUACGCGCUAAGCUGGAUGAAAGUGAAGGAAGGAUGGGGUGGGCAGGCUGCGGCCCCAGCCCAAAGCCUCUUACCUCCUCUUCUCCCACCCCGUUCCCCACGCUCAGAGAAGAUCUUCUCCGAGGUGACUCCCAAGUGUGAGAAAUGUCGGAGUGUGGUGAAGCCUGAUAUCGUGUUCUUUGGCGAGAACCUCCCAGCGCGUUUCUUCUCCUGCCUGCAGUCAGACUUCCUGAAGGUGGACCUCCUCAUCAUCAUGGGCACCUCCCUGCAGGUGCAGCCCUUCGCAUCCCUUAUCAGCAAGGCGCCCCUCUCCACCCCGCGCCUGCUCAUCAACAAGGAGAAGACUGGCCAGAUGGACCCUUUCCUCGGGAUGAUGAUGGGCCUCGGAGGAGGCAUGGACUUCGACUCCAAGAAGGCCUACAGGGACGUGGCCUGGCUGGGUGACUGCGACCAGGGCUGCCUGGCCCUUGCCGACCUCCUCGGAUGGAAGAAGGAACUGGAGGACCUUGUCCGGAAGGAGCAUGCCAGCAUAGAUGCCCAGUCGGGGUCAGGGGCUCCCAACCCCACCACUUCAGCUUCCUCCAGGAAGUCUCCACCUCCUGCCAAGGAGGAGGCCAGGACCACGGAGGGAGAGAAACCCCAGUGACAGCCGCAUCUCCCAGGCAGGACGCCCAGCUUUGGGACAGCUGAGCCCCAACCAGGCCUGGCCCCCUCUAACUUACAGCUCUUUUCUGGGGAGCUCAGAACAUUUCCUCAAUCUACUAACUACUCCCUCCCCAAACUGGGGUCCCAGCACCCCUGACCCCGGCGAAUCUCUAACAGUCUUAGGGGCUGAGGCUUGGGCAGCCGGUCUCUAACAGCCCGCAGCCCCUAAUCACCCUUAGGGCCAAGGAUCAGCCUCCCCUAAUCUCUAACUGCUCAGGGGGCCAGGGGUACCUCCAAACUGCUAACUGUCCCAGGACGAGAGCCCCAGGGCCCCCAUGCUCUCUACUGUUCCCAGGGGCUUGAGGCCAAGUCGACGAAGUCUAACCUACCCUGGGUGGGGAGGUGCGCCCUCCAGACGUAACUCACACCCAGUGGGGGGAUCCAAGCCUCAAGGCCUCCCAAGUCUCUGCCUACAACUCCCAAAGUGGGUGCCAGGCCCCCCAACUCGGGACCCGCUUCCCAGACUGGGGUGGGCAGAUGGUGUCGCUUAUUAGAGACAAAUUAAAAACAAAAAACAACUAACCAUCAGCUGUCUGGCCUCGCUGUUCUUUCCUGCGGGCCCACAGGGAAGCUGCCGGAGGAAGGGACUAGACCUUGGGCCCCUAAGGAAACAAGAACAUCCACAGGCUCUCAUGAGAAAGGGUGCAGGGUGCCGAAGGGUGCCGAGAGGGGACUCCUGGGGCCGUGGGAGCCUCAUGGUUCUUACCCCUGGACUCCCAGACUGCCAGGGUCCCUUCCUCCAGAGCCCGGUCACCUAAGGCCUGAGCCUCCGGAAAGAGGGAGGAGGGUCGAUUUCAAAUACCCCCAGCCCCGCCUCUUCCCCCUGCCCACUCAGCUUCCUC